GCGGUGGAUGUGGUAUACUUGGACAGAGGGGUGGAGGUGGACGUGGUAUACUUGGACAGAAGGGUGGUGGUGGAUGUGGUAUACUUGGACAGAGCGGUGGGGGUGGACGCGGUAUACUUGGACAGAGGGGUGGCGGUGGAUGUGGUAUACUUGGACAGAGGGGUGGAGGUGGACAUGGUAUACUUGGACAGAGAGGUAGCGGUAGACAUGGUAUACAUGGACAGAGGGGUGGUGGUGGACGUGGUAUACUUGGACAGAGGGGUGGCGGUGGACAUGGUAUACUUGGACAGAGGGUGUGGCGGUGGACAUGGUAUACUUGGCAGAGGGGUGGCGGUGGACAUGGUAUACUUGGACAGAGUUCCCCACACACGGCUAAUGUGUAAGGUAAAGUCUACAGGUUUGGAAAAAUCUGUAUGUAAAUGGAUA